AUGGCGCCUCACAAGAAAAAGGGGUCGACCAAGAAAGCCGAGAAAGAAGCGCAGCACUCCACCGUGGAGGACCAAGCGACGACUGAUCUGAAGCACAAUCCAGUUCUGUCCGCCAACAUUUUGACGCGAGCGCAGCUCUCGUCCGUCAUCAUCGUGUGCAUUGGUAUCGCGCGCGUCUUGCAAGUAGGAGCAGCCGUUUCGAUUCGCAGUACCAAUUUUGUCGACGCCGAAUCCACGAAACCCGCCCAAGCAUGCGUCGAAUAUUUGGGAGAAGCGGCCUGCCGAGACGAAACCGUCCAAGCCUUGUUGCGUUACAAGUAUCUGUUGGGCAUUCAGCUUGUCAUGCUUCUGGUCUGGGUGACCUUACAGAGUUGGAACAACGAAGCACUACUUGCAAAACUCAACGGACUGCUCAUGUUGUCGCCUCUGCUUCCCACCGUCAUCGCCUUGCAGUACUGGGCCGAAUGGAUCGCUGCGGGUCAAAUCUGGCACCACUCGCUCAUGUGUCUCGUACUUCUGGCGCUCGCCGUGCCUGCAUCCACGCAAGAAAUACCCUUCAUCCAUCGCGACGCAUCCCGACCUCGGUACAAAACCCUGCAAUCUCUCGCCUUCGCGACACUGACCAUCCUUCACGCGAAACAGGCGUACGAUUGGUUGUGGCCGUUGCUGCGGCAACCGACCAAACUGGACGCGAUUCAAAGCAUCGUCCGGCUUCCCGCCUCGCACGGUGCCGCACAAGUCGUCACGACAUUUCUGGGAUUGGACAAACUCACAACGACGCUCAUCUGCGCACACGCCUGGUGCUACUUUUCUGAACAACAACAACGGGUAGGUUUGUGGCUGCACCGGAAGCAGUCGGCGGUCGGUCACGGUGUGCUCGUCGAUGCGCCUUCUCAAUUUUUGCCUCACACACUUCCUCGCUUCUCCAUUCCUGCCGUUUGGAUCUGGAUCUAUGUACGUACUUGCCGUAGACGCUGCUACUCAUGA